UCGUUCAUUCUCUCACCAGGUGGCGGCUUUCUAAAGCUAUCUCUCUCGUCUCACUUUUUUUUUCCCUUAAUUUUGUGUUCCUUCAUUGAUAAAAACCCUAAUUUGAAAAUGGCUUAGAUUUAAUAAAUAUCUGUUUCUCUUUUCUGGCUUUGUUUAAUAUAAUAACAAUAAUGGACGAUUCAUCUGGGCUAAAACACAAAGAAUUGGAGUUCACUUUGGCGGCAGUUUCUCAGUUGUCUUCUUCUUCGCUUUCUUCGUCUUCGUCUUCUUCUUCUUCGGUGAUUGCUCGUUUCAGCGCUGAUUCUGGAGUUGCAGAGCUGCGGUUUCACCGAGAUUCGGAAUUUAUUGAUGGCUUCAAUGUCGAUAUUGGAACCUCGCAGCUCUUCAAGCUGGGACCGGUUCAAUCGCUUUGUGUUUCAGAGAGUUCUGGUGCCAGUAAAGAGAAAUCAUAUUCACGGGCAGUGACCAUCCAGUUUAGAAACGAGGAUGAAAGCAGGGACUUCCAUUCCGCAUUUGAGCAAUGGCAGAAGGAUGUUAUUCAAGCAGGAAUUCAUUUACCAAAUGGGGCCAUUGCUGCUUCUAAGAGCAAGUUCGAUUAUAAAAUUGAGCCAUCUUCUGCUAAAAUGUAUUUCCACUAUUAUGGACAAUUGCUACAUCAGCAAAAUAUGUUACAGGAUUAUGUGAGAACAGGAACCUAUUAUGCUGCUGUUAUCGAGAACCGUGUUGAUUUUACAGGUCGUGUGGUGGUUGAUGUUGGAGCUGGAAGUGGUAUUUUGUCGUUAUUUGCUGCGCAGGCUGGUGCAAAGCAUGUUUAUGCUGUUGAAGCUUCAGAAAUGGCAGAAUAUGCUCGCAAACUUAUUGCUGGGAACCCCGCAUUAGCUCAACGGAUUACUGUAAUAAAAGGUAAAGUUGAGGAAGUGGAGUUGGCUGAGAAAGCAGAUAUUCUGAUCUCUGAACCGAUGGGCACCUUAUUAGUUAAUGAGAGAAUGUUAGAGUCCUACAUAAUUGCAAGAGAUCGGUUUCUUGUGCCUAAUGGGAAAAUGUUUCCAUCAAUUGGAAGGAUACAUAUGGCGCCUUUCAGUGAUGAAUAUUUAUUUGUUGAAAUUGCAAAUAAGGCUCUUUUUUGGCAGCAACAGAACUAUUAUGGUGUAGAUCUCACCCCAUUGUAUGGGUCUGCAUUCCAAGGGUACUUCUCUCAGCCAGUGGUGGAUGCUUUUGAUCCAAGAUUAUUGGUAUCUCCACCUUUGUGCCAUGUUAUUGACUUCAAUGAAAUAAAGGAAGAGGACUUGUUCGAAAUAGAUAUUCCGUUGAAAUUCAUAGCAUCUGUGGGAACUCGAGUGCAUGGGUUGGCCUGUUGGUUUGAUGUUCUAUUUAAUGGGAGUGCUGUGCAAAGAUGGCUUACCACUGCCCCUGGUGCGCCUACAACCCACUGGUACCAAAUACGAUGUGUUCUUUCUCAGCCGAUUUAUGUUAUGGCUGGGCAAGAAAUAACUGGCCGACUUCACAUGAUUGCCCAUAAUGCUCAAAGUUACACCAUGUAUCUAUCAUUGUCAGCGAAAAUGUGGGGGCCUGGGGCAGUACAAGGAGGAAUUCUUCAGACCUCUUCAGGGAAACUUGAUCUCAAGGAGCCUUAUUACAGAAUGUCACAGCCACAAUCCUACACGAUGGCACAAGACCAGCAACCACAGCAGCUGCUACAGGCACAGGCUAUUCCGAUCCACACCGAAGAUUUGGAUGAAGCGGAGUUGCUGCGGCAACCAUCAGAAAAUACAGGUCCUCAGCUCCAAUAAGUAACUGAUGAAAUGUAUUCAAGUUUCAUUGAGGAGGAUUUCAAACGGUUGUGUGUGUAACAUAAACUAUAUUAUGUUAGUUGCGUUUUUAGCACCUCUGGUUAAGGUGCCAUUUGAUUUUGAUCCCUGUAAAUUAAAAUGGGAUCUUGUACGAUUUUAUGAUGAUUUUAGCAGUUAAAUAAUCAGAUCGUGUUUAGUAAA